AUGCCUCCUCGCCUCGAUCUCAACGACUCGAACCACAGGCUGGUGGUGCCGCCAUCCCGCAUCAACCUCCGCCGCGCCAAGUCGUACAACGCGCAGGAAAAAGGCCCUCUGUCCGCCACGACCUCUCGCUUCAACUUCAACCAUCUCCUCUUCUCGCCACCCCCGUCGCCCAGUCUCCCUUCGCUGAUCCCCCAGAAGCCGAAGCGGACGGGCAGCGACCUCCUGCUCAAGUCGAGACCCAGCCGUGUCUUUCGAUGGGGCCUCCUGGCGACCCUGCUGGGGGCCAUGACCUACGUUGUCAGCAUGUGUGUGAGGCACCAAGAGGGCAUCCAGCAGGCCAUGUGGCCCUACUUUGAGCAGCAGGAAUACGAAAUGGUCGGGCAGGAUGCGUUGCCCGACUUCCCCACGCCCAUUGUGCUCCGCGACACACGAGGCAGGUCAAAGUGGACCGUGUCCAUACCGCCAGACUACGACUUUCCCCUGUCGACGGAGGAGUAUGCGUCCAUGACGGGGCAGUGUCGUGAAGUCGCCGCGCGGACGCGGGACAUUACCGCCACAGCGGACACCUUUUCCCAAGUCUACGACACCGAGGACAAGUACUACGUCGACGUCUCCAAGGCAGAGAAGCUGGGUCUGCUGGACCACGGGCCGAAGCACGUGGAGCCCAGGAAGCAAAAGGGGCAUUUCGUCGGUCUCACGCACAGGAACGUGGCUGGGCGGCCGGUGUGCGAGUCCUCCAUGACCUACGUCCUGGAGAGCACCGACGCCGGCAUGGGCAACAACCUCAUGAUGCUGUGGACAUUUUACGGCCUGGCCAAGGAGCAAGGACGGGCCUUCUUCAUCGACGACUCGCGGUGGGCGUACGGAGACUGGACAGAGGUCUUUGAGGCCCCUCCGCUGCCAGACUGCCGCCCCCCGCCACGCCAUCACAUUGUGCCCUGCCCGUUCCACGCGCGGCACCUGGUCGUCUCGGGCUCGACGGCCAAGGACAUGUUCCCCUCCCUGCUCGCCAAGCACCAUCGCAGGGCCGGCAGCGAGGACAAGGUCCAGGAUCUCUGGAAGCUGGCGAGGGAGGGCUACCAGGACCUCUUCAAGCUCACGGCGGACGACGCCAAGUACGUGACCAAGCGGAUCCGCGAGCUCAAGGUCCGCUCGCAAAAGGGCAUCACGGCGCCCGACGCGCCCAUCAUCGGCCUGCACGUCCGGCGGGGCGACCGCCACCCGCUCGAGUACCAGUACAGCGAGACGUACAUCCCCGCCGAGGUUUUCCACGCGAGCGCGCGGCAGAUGGCCGCGGCCCACGCCGACGCGGCGCGGUACCAGACCGAGGCGCACUGGCGACGCAACGAGCCGAUCCUCCUGCUCGCCUCGGACGACCCCAUGGUGCACCUCGAGUCGGACUUCAGCGCGGCCGUGCUGUCGCAGGAGCGGAUCCGGCUGGCGUCCAAGGACGCCAUCCAGCAGCAGGCCGGGGAGCCCAAGCAGGAACCGCGGUUCCUCCACCGGUUCAUCGACGAGGCCUUUGGCUGGGAGGGCGGGUUCUACGCGCCCAUGUUCUGGAACCUGGGCGUGAGCCGCAAGAACAACGCGGCCAACGCACCCGAGGGCGUCGACGUGGGGGGCGCGGUCAACGAGGAGGCCCGCCUCCUGGCGCCGCCGUCGGCGCAGACGAUUCAGCUGCGCAGCCUGAUUGGGCGCGCGUACAUGAUGGACCUGGCCGUGCUGGCGGGUGCGAGCGACGGCGUCGUCUGCGCGGUGAGUGCCAUGGGCUGCCGGCUGCUGGGCGUGAUGAUGGAGUGGGACAAGGGCGUGGGCGGCGCGGGAUGGGUGAAUGUCGACGGGACCUACGGAUGGAUGGGCAUUGACUGGUGA